GCGCGCAGGCUCGGGGCCCUGGGCGUCCGGCUGCGGCAGAAGGACUGCCUCGCGCACGGCUGGGUGGCCUGCGGCCUGCCGGUGGACGGCGCCGCCGCGGAGCUCCUGCGCGGCGACCCGCAGCUGAGCCCAACACGGGUGGCUGUGCUGGACGCCUCUGCCGAGACCUGCGUGCGCCAGCUGCGAGACCAGCUGCUCGACGCCGUCACCGGAAAGGUGUGGACCUCCUCGCCCGCGAACGAGAAGAUCAAGGGGAGGCUGCGGCGCCAGCCGCAGAACGAGGCGGACGCCGUGGAGGCUGCGCACGCCGAGUUCACCAGGCAGCUGCCCGCCGUGCUCCAGGCGUUCUCCGUCGACGGUUCGGCCUCCAAACAGGAGAGCUCGUGCCAGCAGAUCCCAGCCGACGGGCCGCCGCUGGACGUCUUUCACGCCCUCGCGGACUUCGUGGAGCGGCCUUUGUCGCUGCGGCCCCGCCAGCAGUGACUGCCCGCGGCCUGGACUGCACGACUGCCCGCGGCGAGCCUGGCUGCCUUCGGAGAACACGC